AGUGCGCGCUCGGAGUUUCCAGGGAAGAGGACGGGGAAGGACCUGCGCGCUGAGGUUCCUACCGUCGCGGAGCAGGCAAUGGCGGUGGUGGUCCGGGGUCUGCGGCUCUGGCGGGCCGCCCCAAGCGGCGGGGCUGCCUGGAGGUCUGUGGCCACAUCACCUGCUUCUCAGCUGUCACCGACCGAACUGAUAGAAAUGCAGAAUGAUCUCUUUAACAAAGAGAAAAACAGGCAGCUGUCACUCACUCCCCGAACUGAGAAGAUCGAAGUGAAACACGUUGGGAAAACUGACCCUGGCACUAUCUUUGUGUUGAAUAAAAACGUUUCCACUCCUUAUAGCUGUGCCAUGCAUUUAAGUGAGUGGUACUGCAGGAAGUCUAUUCUGGCUCUUGUGGACGGACAGCCUUGGGACAUGUAUAAACCUUUGACCAAGUCCUGUGAAAUUAAAUUUCUUACUUUCAAAGAUGAUGAUCCAGGAGAAGUCAAUAAGGCUUAUUGGCGUUCUUGUGCCAUGAUAAUGGGCUGUGUGAUAGAGAGGGCAUUCAAAGAUGAAUAUGUGGUCCGUUUGGUCAGAGCCCCAGAAGUUCCAGUAAUCGCUGGAGCCUUCUGCUAUGACGUUGUUUUGGAUAAGAGACUUGAUGAGUGGAUGCCAACAAAAGAGAACCUGCGUUCUUUCACAAAAGAUGCUCGUGCUUUAAUUUAUAAAGAUCUUCCAUUUGAAACCCUGGAAGUUGAAGCAAAAGUGGCAUUAGAAAUAUUUCAGCACAAUAAGUACAAAGUAGAUUUCGUAGAAGAGAAGGCAUCUCAGAACCCUGAGAGAAUAGUCAAGCUACAUAGAUUUGGUGACUUCAUUGAUGUGAGCGAGGGCCCUCUUAUUCCAAGAACAAGUAUUUGUUUCCAGUAUGAAGUGUCAGCGGUUCACAAUCUGCAAGCCACCCAGUCGAGUCUUGUACGAAGAUUCCAGGGUCUCUCUCUACCUGCGCACUUAAGAGCACAUUUUACAAUAUGGAAUAAAUUAUUGGAAAGGUCUCGGAAAAUGGUAACUGAAGAUCAAACUAAACCUACCGAGAAGAGUGCAUCUACCUAGUCACUUCCUCAAAUUUAAAUAUGUAUAGUAAAUUAAAAUAAAAGUUUUCUAUGUAAUGUU